CCCAACCACAAUCUACUCCAGCUGCUACCAUCCGGGAAACGGUAGCGCAGCGUAAAGGCCAGGACCAACAGGCUCCGGGACAGCUUCUGCACCAGGCCAUCAGACUGGUUUGAGUAUGGUGCAACACUUGUGGUUGGAGUCAUUAACAACCUUGUGUUGUUUUUCUUCUCAUCCAUUGGCUUUGGACAGCACCAGCUGGUGACAUCUGUCCGUAUAAAAGGUCUCCGGACAAGCACACGCACAGACCAGCAAGUCAACACUAAGGGUGACCAUGGUGCCUGUGUUGUUUCUGUUGGUUUCUUCACUGGUCAUCGAGGGCAGCCAGAGCCAAAGCUGCUCUCUGAGAUCCGAUGUCUUGUGUACCACUGCGGAUUAUCAGAUUCGCAGUGUAAGAGAAUCGGUCUGGGUUGGAACGCGUGUGAACGCGUGGAGCACCGUUUUCCGACGUAAAGUAUACAGGAAGCUCCUGUACCGCUACACCAGAGGGGCAAACUCUGCAGGUGUGCGGAUCCAGAGCACUGGACAAUUUCUAACCUCAGUCACCACGGAUGGAGAGGCGACAAUGUACCUGAUGCUUCCCAAACAGCUUUGGGAAAACCCUCCAACACCAACACACCCAGAAGUGUUCAUAACUCGUUUCCCGAGGAUGGAUGUGUUUGCCAGAAAGAUUCGUAGGAAUGUCACGAUCUGGGCAAAUGACUUCAACCGCACGCUGACUGAGCAGAAUGCCCACUUCAACAAAUCCAUCUUCUUCAUAGUUGCCUGCACAGGGAACUCUAGCUCAGCUGACAGUAGCCGAGACCGUCGAUCUGCCGAAUGGAAGAUAAACGAUCACUGGGGCGCAAUCGGAGGCGGCAGGGAAAGACGGUCUGACAGCGAGGCCUCAGAUGAUAUGAGUGGGAUGUCGUCAGGGAACUCGAGCUCAGCUGACAGUAGCCGAGACCGUCGAUCUGCCGAAUGGAAGAUAAACGAUCACUGGGGCGCAAUCGGAGGCGGCAGGGAAAGACGCUCUGACAGCGAGGCCUCAGAUGAUAUGAGUGGGAUGUCGUCAGGGAACUCGAGCUCAGCUGACAGUAGCCGAGACCGUCGAUCUGCCGAAUGGAAGAUAAACGAUCACUGGGGCGCAAUCGGAGGCGGCAGGGAAAGACGCUCUGACAGCGAGGCCUCAGAUGAUAUGAGUGGGAUGUCGCCAGGGAACUCGAGCUCAGCUGACAGUAGCCGAGACCGUCGAUCUGCCGAAUGGAAGAUAAACGAUCACUGGGGCGCAAUCGGAGGCGGCAGGGAAAGACGCUCUGACAGCGAGGCCUCAGAUGAUAUGAGUGGGAUGUCGCCAGGGAAUCCAUUUGAGGGAAUAAAGGACAGAAUUGGCUGGAAGGAGAUCUGGUUCGUUGUCACUGACGGGUUCAGCUGCCCCAUCCCGUGAGGCCGACCAAAGCGCGCUGAUUCCCCGCCUUGCUUCACGUUAAUCAUCGCUUUCUGCACUCUCUCCGCUAUUACUGCCCUCCCGUCACCAGCUCUCAGUAAUCACAGCACCGGCCUGCUCACCCAACCUGGCAUCGGCCCUCCAGAAUCUUAUCGUGACCGCACUGCCACAACAGGGUCCUGGGAUCUCCGCCGACUGUGGUCCAACGGCGUUGUCGACAGAAGUGAUCUUGAGAUGACACAUUGCAUGUGGGCCUAGGGCUCCUGGACACGGUGCCCUUCUACACGACCCUUGUACGUCCUGGUGUAGCAGUGCGAUUGGGAAACCCGUCAGCAAGCACCGGCCAGCCACGGUGACGCGGAUCCUCGGAUUGUACUUGUACCCGAAGACACCGGUUCUUACCAGGCGCGCUGCACACACCGGGCAGAACCAGCGGAUGCUGGAAUCGGCGCCCCUCCUGGGCUCUGGUGAUGGGAAGGCGUUCCUGUUCUCAUUGGCCACGGCUCCCGAUCUGGGCUCGGUACUGUCCGCACCCUCUUUCCGACUGCUGUCCCGCCGCUUUAUCCAACUGUACAACUUUUCCAAUAAAGCUAACUCUCCUUACAGUAUCCGGGUCUCCAUCUAGUGACGUCAGAACCGUGGUUCCCCUCCGUCCGACAGCUCCUGUUCUUGUAUCUCUUUAAAAACUGGAGUAAACAGACUUGGAAAAACGUAAACGGGCCUGUCCCAUUCCAAGCUCAGCUCAGGUUUCCUCCCCCGACCCGGGGUGUCUCAUAGUAGCACAGUCGCACAGCAGGUACAGCAGCUGCGCCAUGUUGACCAAGCUCGUCCACUUACCGAUUAAUGGUCCAAACCCCGCAGCCGUCUAACAGCGUUUUAAAAUGUUUGUUGCAUCUGCCUCAAACACUUCCUGUGGCAGCCAGUCUGUAGAAAGGUGCCCGUCCGGUUCGUCACCCCCUCACCUGAAACCUGUGCCCUCUAGGUCUCGAUUUCCCAGCCCCCAGAAAAAGACAGUGCAUUCACCCCAUCGAUGCCCUUCACUGUCUUCAGCUUUACACGGUACCCCAAGUAGAACUGAAAUGUAGAC